AGACAGAAGCUUCCGCUCCAGAGGCUGAUCUGUAUGCAGCUCACACUCGUUCGUGGUUCAGUUCCUAAACGGGAGCACUAGGGGAUUCCGCUCACCCCUGCUUGUGACGUCACUGCAAGUCUGGCUCCACAUGCACAGUGGGUGUUUCCCCGAGAAUCACACGAAAACACUUGUGCCAAGCAAAGCCGCAGCAGCGCACACAUGUGAUUGAUAUUUACUUUUAUAAAUGCCUACAAAGAAGCUAACUCGCACAACUUGGCUGUAAUUCAGUGUGCAGGAACGUUGUCCGGGACUAACCGCAUCAACCGCGACAGUCGUUUUCACUCCGAGUCCGUUCACACCAGUAAAAGAAGUCGGCGCGUGUCCUUAUGGAAGUAAAGGUCAAGAACCCAUGGUACAGGCCAGUGGUCAUAUUUCUGGCUGCUGUUAUCAGCGUGGCGAUCAUCAUCAUGGUGGCCAUUUCUGUUGUCCAGAACAAGCCUUUAAAGCAGAAAUGCAAAUAUGGAAUAGUUCUGGAUGCAGGCUCCUCCCACACCUCUGUUUUUAUCUAUGAAUGGCCAGCAGAGAAGGAAAACAACACAGGCAAGGUACGGCAGAAACACACCUGCAACGUAAAAGGGAAAGGUAUCUCCAGUUACUCCAAUAAUCCAAACGGGGCAGGCGCAUCUCUGCAUGAGUGCAUGGAGGAAGCCAAGCAAAUAAUACCUACACACAGACAUCAUGAAACCCCUGUGUACCUGGGAGCCACAGCAGGCAUGAGAUUGCUCGAGAAGGAGAAUAAAGGAGCCUCAGAAAAGGUAUUGGACUCCGUAGCAUAUUCACUGAAGGGUUACCCCUUCUCCUAUCAGGGAGCUCGUAUCAUUAAGGGCCAAGAGGAAGGAGCUUUUGGAUGGAUUACUGUCAAUUACCUGAGUGAGAAUUUGAGAAAGCCCACAGGGACCCUUGGAGCUCUGGACCUGGGCGGAGCAUCUACCCAGAUAACCUUCGUACCUCAACAAAAAAUUGAAUCACAUGACAAUUCUAUUAACUUCAGACUGUACGGAAAUGAUUAUCACUUAUACACCCACAGCUUUCUCUGUUAUGGGAAGGACCAAGUUCUCAAGCUUUCUAUGGCCAAGAAAUUAGAGUCGACACUUAAGGAUAAAGUGACAGACCACACUGAGUUAAGGGAUCCUUGCUUUCACCCUGGAUUUAACUUCACCAGGAAUGUUCAAAGUUUCUUCAAUACACCCUGUACGGAAGACGUGAAAAUGGCAAAUAGAAACUUCUUCCAUCUGGGGCUUGGGAAUUGGUCUCAGUGCCAGCAAUCAAUCAGAAAGGUUUUUAAUACCAGCUAUUGUCCUUACUCAAGAUGCUCUUUCAAUGGUGUUUUCCAGCCUUCUGUCGAUGGAGACUUUGGGGCCUUUUCAGCUUUCUUUUUUGUGAUGGACUUUUUGAAUCUGACAAGUGAUGAUUUAGCGGUUACAAAGCAGAAGCUAGCAACAUACUGUUCUACACCAUGGAAGAAGAUUAAAGAAAAUCAUCCCCACAUAAAAGAGAAGUACCUUUCAGAAUAUUGCUUCUCAGCAACCUACAUUCUCACUCUUCUGGAAGACGGAUACAAUUUCACUUCUGACAACUGGAAAGACAUCCAAUUCAUUAAGAAGAUAGGAGACAGUGAUGCAGGCUGGACAUUAGGUUACAUGCUUAACCUGACCAACAUGAUCCCUGCUGAAGCUCCAGACACGCCGCUGAUGCCUCAUGAGGGAUACAUCACAUUCAUGCUCCUCUUUUCACUUCUAAUACUACUACUUCUUCUUCUGUUCUACAUUUAUUUCCGUCGGUCAACAAGAACAGCCCAGAAAGACAUUUCCGUCAUUUAGACAGUGAUAUUAUGCUGUGUAUCUGUGUAUUGAUUGUUUAUUUCUUCAGAACAAAAUUUUGAUAAAUCCAAAAUCACAUUUUGACUUGAUCUCAAAGGUUGUACAUUUCAAAGAAUUUGGAAAUCAUACCUCAUGUGAAGGAUUAGCAGGUUUUUGGAGAGAGAUGGGUUACAGAUUCCACUGCAACUGAAGGGAACUCGGAGUCUAUUCCCAUUCCUUUGUGCUUUUUGUGACCACUCAAAUGUUUUCUUUAAAAAUCAAGUCAUGAGUACAGGUUUUAGCUUUUGGGAUGCUUGGUAAAAGGGGUUGAUGUUACUUUAAAAGCAAAUGUGCACUGACAUUCAGUAUAUCAUCAUGUGCCUAUAGUCUUUAAUGAAGUUUCCCAUUAUAUGUAUACAAAUCUUUUUUGCAUUAUGGUAAUAUGAAAAUCACUGGAUAUCAUUGUUUUAACAUUGCUUUUAGCAAAGCACAUUUUAACAUUUUUGUUAGGUCUUUCAUUGAAAAUUUUGUUUUUAUAUAUUUAAACAAUACCUGUAGCAAAUUUCUAUUAAAAUUGCAAAUGACCAA